CCUGGAAGAGAGCGAAUGUCCGUAUCCUCCGUUACCGCUGCAGAGGACGGUCACCAGUGUCGUCACUGUGAAUCGGGACCUGGAAAAGCAGCUUGUACGAAAAUUCGACAGGCUGAUUUUGCCCAUGCUGAUGUUGGUCUAUUUCCUCGGUUAUCUGGACCGCGCGAAUCUGGGUAAUGCCCGAAUUAUGGGCCUCCCCGACGACAUCCUCGAUGGUGAUCCAACAGGGGUCAAAUUCGCACUCAUAAAUACCGCUUUCUACUUUGCCUACAUAACCUUCCAGUUGCCUGCCACAAUUAUGGGCAAGAAGUUUUCUCAGAAUUUCUGGCUCGGAGUCGCCGCAACUGGUUGGGGGUUCUGUUGUGCGAUGCAAGCCCUGACCUAUAAUUUUGCGAACAUGUUCAUUGCCAGGUUCCUGGUAGGGCUGUUUGAGAGCAUGUUUAGUCCGAAUAUCUCGUUAUACUUCACCUACUUCUUCACCCGGCAGGAGAUCGGCGCCCGCUUGGGCACCUGGUUCUCCUGUGCCUCUCUUGCGGGUGCCUUCGGUGGUCUCAUAGCAUUCGGGGUGCAGCAGAUCAAUUCUCGAGUGGAGAACUGGCGCCUGCUCUUCAUCAUCGAAGGCUUCCCAGCCGUCAUCGUCGGCCUCUUGUGUAUCAAGAUCCUGCCCGACCGGCCGGACACCGCCACCUGGCUGAACGAGGACGAGCGGCAGCUUGCGGUGAUGCGUAUGAGUCGUGGAGGCCUGAAAGAAAAGCCGAGGACGAUCAACGCCCGACAUAUUUGGCUCGCGGUGCGCGAUUGGAAGAUAUACGUCUACGGCGUGGUGUACUUCGGUGCUGCCUCGGCGGCGAGUGCGUUGGCCGCAUUCCUGCCUACUAUUGUGCAAGAUUUCGGAUACGUCGGUGCACAGGCGCAGCUGUUUUCUGUUCCACCUUACGCUGUGGGGGCAGUAGUGCUCAUCAUAACGAUGCCGUUUUCGGACCGCCUGGAGUCACGCGGCAUUCCCCUAACAUUAGCAGGGCUCCUAGGAGGGACCGGCUUCCUGCUUCUGAUCGUAUCGGAGAACGUUCACGUGCGCUACGUCUCAACGUUUAUGAUCUGCACAUCAACAUUCACAAGUAUCGGCCUUGCAAUUAGUUGGUUUCCUUACAACAUUGGCUCAGAAAGUAAGCGCGCGGCGGGUAUUCCGCUGUUCCAGGCCAUUGGCCAAUGUGGAAGUGUGCUAGGAGCAAACUUGUUUCCCAACGCGGAAGCGCCACGAUAUUUCCUCGGCUUCGGCGUGUCCUGCGGGCUGUUGUACCUGACGGGGUUCUGCGCAUUGUGCCUGACCGCAUAUUACCGCUACGAGAAUGCACGACGAGAUCGGCAGUACGGCCAGGCCGACCGGAACGCCGCAGUGGACACGAGUGAACUAGCCGACAACGCCCGCGACUUCCGCUACACUGUAUGACCUCCGCUCAAUAUUUUUGGUAUUUUCGGUUUUCUAGGCAUUACCCUUCACUUGGGCUACCAGUCUUGUUUGGAUUUUCAGCCGAAGGGCUUAUACCCCUGUAGCAUUAAUGCACGACCUAUUAAUGUAC